UUGAUUGUUCAGUCGUGUAAACACAAGUCCAGACUGAUUUCUAAUGCUAAUUAACUUCACCUGUAAAUAGUAUCAAAUACAGCAAUAACUUGAUGUAUACAAAGAAAGCUUCUAUACACAUCGUGGUCAGGUAUAUUGUUUCGCAUGGUCCACUGACCUACACAGUGUAGUUAACUGUUACAGUGUUGAAUGUACAUACUUGUCAGAAGAAUACGCAUAGUAUCAAUGUUACUCGCUGCAUAUCCUGAGGUCAAUAUUUCUUUUAUUUCCAACAUGAUAUAUUUUCUUAUCAUCGCGAAAUCCACGUGAAUGCAUUCCACCAGCUUGUUGUGAUCGGCGUGCUCACUCGUAUGCUCCGUUCUCGUCUUAAUCAAAAUUAUUUUUAUCUCUUUAUUAGAGACUUUUCUUAUAUUUAGUUCUCUGUCCUUAUCAAACAAUUGCUGAGGGUAUACUUGAAUUAACUCAUACAGGCAUAUUUCUUGCUAAAAUGUGUUUUAAACAGUGAAAUGAUACUGAUAGGUCCAAAUCUGGUAAACGUUACAUAUUGUACCAAAUAAGUUGAGCGAACCAGUCAAUAGUAGGCAAUCAGUGAGUGAAAGCGGUCUGGUGACUAUGAUGGAAUUAUACAUCGUGGUCAUUAGAUCGUUUGUAUCGAAUUGCUAGUAUACAUUACCUUCUAAGAUAACAAUACACACGUACCGUGUACGACAUCGUGGUCCAUAUCCAUGUUGAAUGGCUGAGUCGUCUAUACGUAAUUAUGUCAUUGUAUAUUGUAUGUAUAUAUGUGUUUCUAUCUAUUGUUUUGUUUACGAAUCGAAUGUCUUUUCGUGUGCUGUUACUGUACAUCUAUGCUUGCCCAGCCUCCAAAUUAUUGUAUGUAACGUUAUGUACUCGCUAUAUCAUGUGUCCUUUUCACGUUCACGUCACAGUGUAUUUUAUAACGAUAUAUGACAAUGGUUAAAACAGUAAUAGGCAUAUCACGUGAUGGGACAUGUAGGAACACUAGGGGGUGUAUGACUAAUUCAACCGUGUACUAUUAUGUACAUAUCGUGUAUAAAUGUUCCCUGAAUACACACAAUCUGAAAAACUUACUUUUUUUUCUCUAUGUGACUAGUAUUUUAUUAAUCAGCUGUAAUGAUAUUGAGUUAAACCCAGGUCCUCUGCGUAACCUAGAAAUUUCUCAUCUCAAUAUAAGAUCCUUAAGAAACAAGACAGAUAUUGUUGAAACUGAAUUAAAUAAAAGUGAUAUUAUCUGCCUAACCGAAACACACCUCACCCCUGAAAUACCUAAUACUGAACUAAUAAUUCCAUGUUACUCUGAAAAUCUUUAUAGGCUGGAUAGAAAAACUGGUCCUGGUGGUGGGGUCUUAAUCUAUCACAAAAAUAACAUUUUCACCAAAAGACGACAUGAUCUUGAACAUGAUGAAGUUGAAAUGAUAUGGGUGGAAAUUCACAUUGAGUCGCACAAGUUUCUUCUGGCUUGUCUAUAUAGACCAGAAUCACCAGUUAGAUAUUGGGAAAUCUUAGAUUCAGUCAUUGAAAAAGCUGUGAACACUAACUUAGAUAUAGUGAUCACUGGUGAUAUUAAUAUCAAUAUGUUAAAUCUUCAACCCCACUCGCACCUUGGUAGACUAAUAACAAAAUUUAAUCUUUCUAAUUUUAUCACAGACCCCACUCGUAUCACUCCAACUUCAUCAACUUCAAUUGAUAUUGUCUUUUCCAACAACAGAAAUAUAGUUAAAAAUGCAUCUGUGCUUCCUCCUAUAUGUAGUGACCAUUCUCUGAUACAAUUUAACAUUUCCUAUGCAGUUUUUAAAAAACAAACCUAUCGAAAGAAAAUUCUUAUUUAUCAAGAUGCAGAUUAUGAUCAGAUGAAUAGAUGUAUUUUAGAAAAAGAUUGGGAAAACCUUAUCAAUAUACAUGAUACAAAUGAAUUUAACAAUAUUUUAUGUGAUACAAUAAAGCACUUAAUUAAUGAAUCUAUACCCACUAAAUAUGUAACAAUUAGACCAAAUGAUAAAAAAUGGAUGACUAAUGAUAUUAGACUACAUAUAAGACAACGAAAUAGGGCUCAUAGGAAAGCAAAAUCUAGUAAUUCGGCUUUUCACUGGGAAAAUUAUAGAAAAAAAAGAAAUGAAACCAUUAGUAGAAUACGUGAUGCCAAGAAAACAAAUCUACUUCUAUUCCCCCACUAACACACAAUAAUUCAUUUAUUCAACAUCCAUUUGACAAAGCUGAAUGCUUAAAUAAAUACUUUGCAUCAAUAUCUACCACUUCUGAAAAUACUGAACCUAUACCUGAAACUACUAAUGAUUUUCCUAAUUCCAUAAAUGAUAUUGUUAUAACCCAACAGGAUGUUAAAGAUCAGCUAUUUCUUUUGAAUGUUAAUAAACCUGCUGGACCAGAUGAUAUGAUUCCCAGAAUAAUCAAACAAUUACAUCCAUCUAUUCUCUUUCCUCUAACUCUUCUAUUUAACAAAACACUUGAAACUGGUAUUAUCCCCCUCAGCUGGAAGAUGGCUAAUAUUAACGCUAUUUAUAAAGGUAAAGGAUUAGUUAAUGAGGUGUCUAAUUACAGACCAAUCUCUGUUACUUCAUGUUUUAGUAAAAUGUUAGAAAAAAUCGUUUUCAAAUAUCUAUAUAAUUACCUCAGUACAUAUAAAAUCAUUACAAAACACCAGUCUGGCUUUACACCUAAAGAUUCAACUGUAAAUCAAUUAUUGUCUAUUUACCAUACCAUUGUUAAUUGCCUAGAUCAAAAUAAAGAAAUCAGAAUUAUAUUCUGUGACAUAAGCAAGGCUUUUGAUAGAGUUUGGCACAAUGGUCUGCUUUACAAGUUGGAAUCAUAUGGUGUUAAAGGUAAUCUUUUAAAUUGGUUUCGUAACUUUUUAUCAGACAGAAAGCAGAGAGUACUAACUGAAGGUUAUACAUCAACCUUUGACCCUGUUCAAGCAGGGGUUCCACAAGGCUCAGUCCUCGGUCCGUUAUUGUUUUUAAUAUAUAUAAAUGAUAUUGUUGAUUGUGUUUCCAGUAAAAUUAAAUUAUUUGCAGAUGACACCUCUCUCUAUGGUAUAUGUGAUAAUAAUCCCAUUGAAUUGGCACAAAAUCUUUCCAAUGACUUGAGUAAUAUUAAGCUGUGGGCCACUAAAUGGGACAUUAAAUUUAAUCCUUCUAAAACUGAAUCUGUAAUUUUCUCAAGGAAAACUAAUAAGAAUCAUCCUAUUGUUAAUUUUUAUGACGCACCAAUUGUUGAAAGCAAAACACAUACACAUCUGGGCCUUACACUUAGUGAUGAUGCCAAAUGGAACCAACACAUAUCUAAUAUAUAUGAAAAAGCAUUUAAAAGAAUAAAUAUCUUAAGGUUACUAAAAAAUAAAAUUGAUAGAAAAUCCUUGACAACCUUAUAUAUAUCCUACAUAAGACCAGUUAUUGAAUAUGCAGAUGUUGUGUGGGACAAUUGCACACUAGCUCAAAAAAACCUAUUAGAAUCAAUACAAUUAGAGGCUGCAAGAUUAAUUACAGGUUUACGUAGAGGGACAUCACAUGAUAAAUUAUACAAGGAAUUAGGAUGGGAAACUUUGAGCUGCAGAAGAAAUAAACAUAAACUAAUUUUAAUGUAUAGAAUAAUGAAUAAUGAAACCCCAGAUUACCUAAGAGAAAUUAUUCAACCAUAUAUUCAUGAUGAAACCCUUGACAGAUAUCCCCUCCGAACAAACAGAUUAUUUGACCCCCCUUUAUGUCGUACUGUAAAAUAUUUUGAAAGUUUUUUUCCGUCCAUGCUAAAUGAAAUGAAUAGACUUGCCCCAGAUAUUACUAGCAUCCAAUCUACCACACAGUUAAAAAGGUUACUAACUACAAAGCAAUAUAUGAAAUCUGAAACAAAUGAUGUUUUUAAAUACUUUGGCAAUCGUGAUGUAAACAUUAUACUUUGCCAAUUAAGAAAUAAUGCUAGUAAUCUAAAUUAUGAUCGUUAUAAAGAUCACUUAAUUGAAUCUCCAAUGUGUGAGUGUAACGGAUCUUUCGAAACUGCUGCACAUUAUUUUUCUGAAUGUAAUCAAUAUAAUAAUAUUCGCCAGACUCUCCAACGGAGUUUGAAUCAUCACACUCACAAUCAUCUGUGUAUAAAUGUCCUAAUAAAUGGUUGUAAUAGUUGUAAUGAUUUACAAAAUAGAGAUAUCUUAUCUCAUGUAUCAAACUUUAUAUCGCAAUCAAAAAGAUUUUCAUUAAUAUAAUAUUUGACUUACCCUUACUAUUUUUUGGAACAUAAUUAUACAU